CAGAUGCACGUGGUGCACUACGACGCGGAGCGCUACGCCAACGCCAGCGAGGCGCAGCAUCACACAGCCGGGCUGGCCGUGCUCGGCAUCCUGCUGGAGGUUGGCGAUGAACCCAACGCCGCCUACGCCAACAUCCUGAACCAUCUGGGCAGCAUCCGCUACGCCGGGCAGACAACGUCCAUCCCCUCCUUCAGCGUGCAGGAGCUGCUGCCCGAGCGCCUGGACCGCUACUACCGCUACAAUGGGUCCCUGACCACCCCACCGUGCUUGCAGAGCGUGCUCUGGACCGUUUUCCAGCAGCCCGUUUACAUCAGCGCGGCUCAGCUGGAGCAGCUGCAGGGCUCCCUGUAUGCCACAGCGGUUGAUGAGCCCUCAGCUGAGCGCCUGGAGGACAAUUUUCGGGACCCCCAGGACCUCAACCAGCGUCCAGUGCUGGCAUCCUUCACCAGCAGUCCCCAGGGGUAUUCAACAGGUGAAGUCAUCGCCAUCGUUUUCGGCACCGUCCUCGGCUGCCUCGGCCUCUUCCUCACUGUUCACUUUGUGAACAAACGGCUUCGGCAGCGCCCGGAGGACACAGGAGCAGGACGUCAUUUUCAAGGCCUCCUCCCGGCGCGCGGCUUCAAAUGAGAGCCACCGACCCUGAGCCAGGAAGGACUCCCAGCACAAGAAGAGCGUGUGGGGCUCAGCCCUACAGAAGGGGCCCUGCUGGAAGCAAAGCCCCUUCCCAACCCCACAGCUGGCAGAGCAGGUUGCAGAGCACUGACCCCAUUCCCUCCCCCCCCCACUUCACCCCAUCCCACAAAAUCUCAGUGCCAUCACUAUUAAAAGGG